CUCACUGAGAAGACGUUUAAUUAUUCAUUUAAUCAGACAAAACCAAACAUAGUUACCGAAAUGUAACAUUCUGUGUAAGGUCGUUAAGCAAUUUGGAGAAAAUGUUCAAGUUUGACGGAGUUGGGUACGCAGAAAAUUUUAAAAGACCGAUGGAUACUCUCAGACCGCGUUCCAAGUCGGAAGGACUGGUGAGAAAGACAUUAGACUUCGCUCGAGUUUACUCCGAUGCUGAUUUACACAAGACAGAACGUAAUCUCGAGGCUGAGAUCCGGAGGGAGAGUUGUAUACCGCCUCGUGAUCGAAAAGUUGCAAGGUUACGGUUGAAGGGUGAGCGUAUGUUACACAGUAAGUUUGUGCUUCUCUCAGUCGUCGUCCUCAAUCUGAUUGACUGUGCUCUUGUUCUCGGAGAACUUAUUCUAGACAUACACUUUAUCAGAGAAUACCGGACAUACAGGGACGAGACGUCAAAACAAUUUAUUGACAAAAUGCAAGCACGUUACCCACAGUAUCUUCAUGGUCACACCAUUGACCACAUGGACCUUCUCUUUGACCAAAUGUACCUCGCUAAUUGCCGGUGGUACGAUGAGUAUAUAACAGAGACUACUACAACAUCCGUCACAUAUGUUGAUUUAAAUAAAACACAACGUCACGAACGACGGGCAAAGGUCAUGCCACCGACAAGUAUUCAUAACAAAGAGAAUGAAAUGGGUUACACAAUUAAAGAAAUAACCUUGUUUGCAAAUAAUACGGCGCAUCACGACAAUUAUACGAAACACUCUCAGAAUUAUACGGAAUACAACGAACAUCACUUGGGAAAUCACUCGGAAUACACAGAAAAUAAUACGGAACACUCUGGUAAUUACACGGAAUACACCGUAGAUAACUCGGGAAAUCACUCGGAACAUACAGGAAAUCAUACGGAACACUUGCACGGCGAUCACGGGCAUCAUCAUCACGAGCACAGCAUAUGGGAGCACGUGGCACAUGGAAUGCAUAAAGCCAGUAUUACCAUAUUAGGAAUCCUUUUCGUAGAGAAUUUGACAAAACUCGUUUGCAUGGGAAAAGCGUUCUUGAUUAAAAAGUUAGAGGUAUUUGAUGCUAUAGUCGUGUUUAUAUCGUUUGUAGUAGAUCUGGUGUUACUAAAAGGUCUGAUGAACCUCAAGGUCCAAGAUGCAGUGUUUAUCCUGACCUUUCUUCUACCAUGGAGGGUGAUUCGUGUAGUCAACAGUCUGAUUGUUGCGGUCCUAGAUCACGAGCACUUCCGGUUGAAGAUGUUAUACCAAGAGAAGAAAGCCGUCACAGCGGAAUUGAAAACAUUGAAAGCCAAAGAGAAAGGUUGGGAUUUUCAUCUAAAAAAGAUAGAGCACUUUUGCGAGAGUGAAGGAAUCCCUAAAUGGAAAAUUCGGCAACACACUGCUAUGGGGAGAAAACAAUCAACAAUAACAACAAUGGCUUCGCUAGCAUUAAAUGGUUUCCUAAAAGGAAUGGUAACAAGUCCAUCAGACAAGAUCUUGUUUGAGAGAACGCUUGCACAGAGUUCACAGGAUAACUCGAGUCUCGGAAUAAUAACAGAGUCUGAUACUACGGAGGACAAUAAUGACGACGAUAUUACAGAAAUUUCGAUAUCUGUUCCUACAGGAAAUGAAACGUGUCCAGUGACGUCAGAAGGAAGCGGAAAUUACGACAGUAUCUCGGGUCUCGUGAUGAUUGAAAACGGCCAUACGGAAAACAAGCAUUUAGGCUUAGAUGAAGGUCACAUGCAAGUGUCACCCGAGCAUGGCAUACGUAAAAAUGAGUCGCGAAAAAGUGUUACUUUUCUGCCAAAGGAGAAAAAGCCGUUGAUUAGAAAACAGGCAUCAUUCGAUGAUUCUAAAAGUGAUGAUGGAAACUUUACAGGCUGGAAGUAAUGUUUCUUACAGAUAUAAAACUUUAAAUAACCAUAUUGGAACCAUUUUAUAAGAAAAUGGAUAGACAAAGAAUUCUGUAAAUUAUUGGUGCUUUUUUACAUCUUAACGAGAAGAGCUAAAUGAAUAAUGUUUUCAGUGUUGGGUAAUGACUACAUUGUAUGUAACUUAAAGGUAUAAAACUUGACUGUCACCUGUAUGUAUCCAUGUUCAUUGUGAUAAAAUAAUGCGUGAUAUACCAAGAUGAAUAUUUAGUGAGGAAGUAUCAGGCCAUGUUACGUAUAUAUAUACUCAGCAUUUAAAAGAGUAAAAAAACAGCGCAUAAUUAUAUCUAACUGUUAGUCAUGUUGCUGUUAAGAGAGUUUCCUGACCUUGUGUCCAAGAAUAUUUAUUAUUUUUACCUAAUGCCUUCUAUAAAUACAAAUUCAAUAUUUACAACUGUUUAAUUGAACCGCUGAAAUUCUUGGCAUGCGCAAUGAUGAAAUGAACUGUUCACUUGACCGGUCAACAUUUAUUUUCUACUGUUACACCCAUGUCGACGUCAUCGGGUAUUUCUAUUAACGCCGCCGGUCUCUAUUCGGUCUCUGGACGUCGCUCAGCUCAAUAUACGGUUGUGUUUCGUUUAAACAAUUAAAACAGUUGCACAAUGUUAUGUUGUAUGUUGUUGCAAUAUAUUUUGCAGUUUAAUUGCAAAGUAUGUCCCGCUCCUUUCACCCUUAUGUCCGCUCUAGGUUUUUUGAGUGUGUCGGGGCCGCGUCCUGUGAACGUUGCCUUUGCCUUGUUGAUCUUUAUUCUUGUUUUUUAGGUAUUAAAUAGUUAUUUCAUUGGUGUUUGUGGAACAGUAAACUGUCGUCCCUCGUUAUUAAGGAUGAGAUUUGGAACUGUUGCAAGAGAGGCCGAAUCUCAUCCUUGGCACCUCAGCUGUUUCUCAGACAAUUAUGAAAUAAUUGUAUAUUGCAUUCAAUAAAACUUUCUUUAAAGUUAUUGUAUAGAAAUUUCGUUAUAUGAAAUAAAUACAUACUGACAACAGUUACAGGGAGGAAAUAGUGACAUAUGUAAUCAUUGUUAUGAACUUAAAGAUCCUGUAACACAUUUUUUUCAUGGUUUUAUUUCAUAAAUAUGAUGCUCAAAUUAAGAUUUGUCUAUAUUGUAAGUUCCAAUAGGCAUUAUUUAUAAAGAUUUGACCCAAUUUAACAUUUCAUGUAAAUAAAGGUAGGUAAUUAGAAAUUUAUUUUCUAUAAAUUCUAAGUCAAAUUUUUCAAUAAGAAAUGAAUGCAUGUAAUUUAUUGUUUAAAUAUAAUGU